CUCAUGAAGAUCCUCCCCUUUGACAAGCUAUAAAAUGAACUAUGAAACAGGUGCAUAAUUACAUUCACCUCCUGAAAAAAGAUGGAUCUGCAAAUCUCAGUUUUUCUUCUCUUCAUUCUUUUCACUGCAGGACACUCUCUCCGCUGUUAUGAGUGCAUGAGUGUGACGGGUUCUUGUGCGGGACAAACGGUACAAACAUGUCCCAGUGGAUUUUCUCAGUGCGAGAGUUUAACAGGAGUAACAAAAGUUGGUGACAUUACUUCUAAAGUGCAGGCUAAAGGUUGUGUUCCUGUCUGUCUAAGUGGGUCCAUAAACUUCGGCCUUGUCAGGACAUCUGCUUCCUGCUGUAGCACAGACCUGUGUAACCUCCAAAAUGCUCCAGAUCCCUCUAAUGUUCCAAAUGGAAAGAAAUGUUACACUUGUGAUGGGAGGAGCUGCUCAUACACAUUGAGCUGUUCAGGGGACGAAGACCACUGCAUUACAGCAACAACGACUUCUGGAGGCCAGACAACGAUGGUAAAAGGCUGUGUUACUAAAUCCAUUUGUGAUGCCACAACAUCGGUUAGAAAUGUUGAGAGCAUCUCAUGUUGUGAGGGGAACCUGUGUAACGGUGCUCAGAGUGUCUCCCAGAGCUUCCUGUUCCUCUGCUGUUCUCUGCUCUCCUACUUCCUGCUGCACUGAAUCCAGCAGCUCUUCACAUCCUACAGUCAGACACACUGUACUGAAUAUAGAGCUCGUACUUUUUUCUAUACUAGAUUGUGUUCAGAUGAGAUAAACUGAAUUUAUACAGGAAAAUAUAUCACCUUAUUUCAGGGUUCAUAUUUAAAUCUUCAUGCUGUAAAAAGUUCAAAAGAAAGUGCUACACAGUAAAAUCCCCAGAGUUAAAUCAACUCUGCUCAGAGUACAUUUGGUCCCUCUCUGAAUAGUGUUAAAAUAACACUGAAGCAGAGUUAAAGUUAAUGAGAUAAUUAAGCUAUUAAUUAAGUGAUGAUUAAAAAUUAAUGAUGAACACCUGUUGUUAACAAGCAGAAUCACUGAAGAAAAGGGAAACACAAGAACUACAGCUGACUUCAGCCAAAACCAUUUAAUUGAAAUCAACUGAAGAUAAAAGUCAUUAAAUCUCACUAGAUCUGAUUAAAAGAUCUGAUUCACGCAUUACUAACCAGAUUGACUUUAUUUCUGUCACAAGUCUAAAGAAGUUGUUAUUGAGAAUUAACAGAGGUUUAGAUGUUGCUGUUUUAUUGGUUAAAAAUGUAUGCCACCAUCGUAGUGGUCAGGGUUUGUUUUAGUUGGGCUCUUUACCCUUUUAUGUUUUUAAAAUAGUUUGUGUUUGAACAAUUGCAAUAGUGUUUCAUAUUAAACACUUGUACAUUACUGAAUCAAAAGACUAAAGGAGCAGAUCAGCUUGAAUUGGAUGCUGCUUGAGAGCAUUUCAAAUUAGCAUCACAAAGAGGUCUCUUUCACUUUGGUUUCUUGACAGCUAUUACAAAAAUGCAACAACAACAAAAAUUCCAUUAAACAAAUGCCACUGUAAUGCUUCUGUGCUAAAAAUGAACAACUAUUACUGCUCAGGCUUAUACAUAAAAACAUAGCAUACAAUCCUCAAUGGUGGUGACAGUAAUUAUUCAUACUGCAGUGCGUGAUGGGAGUUUUGUCCUAGGGUGAUACCCAGCAUGCAUUGCAGCGUGAAGCAUUUUUUUUUAUCACCAUUGUUGAGAUUAAUAGGCUGAUUCUUGAUGUCUCUGUGUGUCUAAGUGAUGCUGUAAUUCAAUUUUUUAUGCAAUGCAUGGUUUUAAAUUUACUCAAUAUAUCUGUUUGCUGUGGCACUUUCUCUUCAAAAUGUUCUGUAGGUAUGAGAAAAUAAAGUCAAUCUGGUUAGUGAUAUGUGAA